CCCCCUCGCCGUGGCCCUCCCUAUCCACAGGCCACGGCGCCCGCUCGCCCCAUCAGCCCACGCCGAAGCAUGGCGCUCUUCGUCUCCUCCCUCGCCGCCGCCUUCUCCCACCUCUGCCUCCCCCCCACCUCCACCUCCAAGCCCCACCCGUCCCCUCUCCUCCGCCUCCACUCCACCUCCACCUCCGGCCGCGCCGCUCGCCUCGCGCUCCGCGCCUCCGCGGCCGAGCCGGAACUGCCCGCGGAGGAGGUGGUAGCCGUGGAGGAGGAGGCGGAGGAGGAUGCGCUGUCGGGGUUGGCGCUGCGGAAGUACGUGAAGCAGCGGCUGCCGGGGGGAUUCGCGGCGCAGCGGAUCACUGCCACGGGCCGUCGCAAGACGGCCAUCGCCCGCGUCGUGCUCCAGGAGGGCACCGGCAGGGUCUUCAUUAACUUCCGGGACGCCAAGGAGUAUUUGCAGGGAAAUCCAAUGUGGAUGGAGUACUGCAAGGUCCCCUUGGCGACUCUAGGGUUCGAGAAAAACUACGACGUCUUUGUCAAAGUUCACGGGGGUGGUCUCUCAGGCCAGGCCCAGGCGAUUUGCCUCGGCGUCGCCCGUGCAUUGGUGAAGAUCAGCAAUGCCAACAGAGUUCCUCUGAGGUCAGAAGGUUUGCUGACGAGAGACACCCGUAUCGUUGAAAGGAAGAAGGCUGGUCUUAAGAAGGCACGCAAGCGCCCCCAGUUCUCGAAGCGUUGAGGAGGAUGCUUACUUCUUGUUACAGUUGUUUCAAUGCCAUCUUUCUCCACUGAGAACGCCUUUUUGUGUCAUUUCCUGUGCAAAUUCUGUAAUGGACGCCACAUAUCUGUAGUAUUCUCUUCCUAAAAGUAAAUUUCUUGAAAUCA